UCAUAGUUAUGACAAAAUCAGGAAGAAUUGAACAUCCGACAAAAUUGUUUUUGCAGUAAUGGACGAAAAUGUAAGACAUCUUGACCGGGAAUAUGAACAGUUUUUAGAGAUUAUGCAGCCACAUAUAUCUCAACUUAAGGAUCGAGAUAUGGCUUCUACUUGCAGUGCAUGGAUCAAACGACUUUGUGCUUGUAAGGGUCACGAAAAAAUCAUCCGCAAUAAAUAUAUAGUCACACUUUGCUACCAACUCUCGAAAGGAAUCCUUGAUAAGCCGUUUUUGGAAGAACCUACAGAUAAAGAAUUGCUGCCUAUCAAUGAACCAACGUUGAGUGAAGUGUCGUCGUCUGAAGUCGAAUGUCUUGUUUUCGAUUGUGAAGACGCAAGUAAUGUGAUACAUUUAAAUAAAUCUUUGAAAACACAAACUGUAGAUCCAUUUCACAAUUCAGUAGAAUUAGACAAGAAGCUCGCCACAAUGAUAAAUAGUAAAACCACCGCAACAGAGAGUAAUGAGAAAUUGUCUUUUCAACAAACUAGCUAUUACCAACAACAUCCAAGUGUGAUAAAGCCACAUGUAGAAUUACAGGUACCUGAAACUUACAGAUAUCGCACUCAUAACAUUAUUUCAAAAUUGCAAGAAAUUAAAAAGCAAAAUACAUUUUUACAUCAUGAACUAAAAGAAAUGAAAGAAAAAUCAAGUGAAGACGAUAGUGCUGGUGAAUUUCAAGAAAAAGUUAAUACAUCCACCCUUUAUAUGCGCUUGCCUGAUAGCAACAGUACUUUAGAUUCUUUGAAAAUAAAAUUAAAAGUAGAAAAGGAUGUUAGGAACGCGCUAAUAGAUAAAGUCCAAAGUAUGCAAGAAUUUAUCGAUAAUUUGAAUAACUUGAAAAAUCAAGAAAUUCAAGAAAUUCAAGCCAGACAUAAAUUAGAAUUAAUCAAUAUCAAAUCAAUUAUUAAACAAGAAAACAGACAGAUAUUUGAAAAUAAACUGGAAUACCAUAAACAACAAUAUGAAAUUAAAAUUAAAGAGCUUGGAGACAUGAACAUAUCAAAAGAUGAAAUUAUUGCAGAGAAAGAUAAAAUUAUACAGCAGAAAGAAACAGAGAUAUUACGCCUAUCAGCGCAAAACAAAUUUAGUACGGAAAAUUUGCAAUCAAUUUUAAAUAAGUUGUUAGAUAGGCCUAAUGAAGAACAGGAUGAGCAAUUUAGAAUACAAAAUCACAUAUUGCAAAACCGUAUUAUCAAAAUGGAGAAAGCCAAGAUGAAAUGUGUCAGAGCGUAUGAAUCUAAGCUUGCUUUAUGGCAGCGAGAGAGACAUUUAGUAGAAUGUUCGCUUCAAAUCCAAUUAGUCAGGCAAAGAGCUCAAAUCAUCAAUGACGUAGCCGGUGACAGUCAGGAUGAAACAAAAAAAGCUGUAGGCAAACUUGAAGCGAAAUAUCAAAAUAUCGUUGCAAAUAUGCAAGCCACCGCUAUCCAGCGACGACUCGAAGAUCAAAUGGCAGUUUCAUCAAUACUUCAAGCAGCGUCGGGCAUUCGUAAUGAUUCCUAUGGCUUUUAUACUCCAUUUUUUCCUAAGAGAACAUUGCAUAGAAGAAAUAAAAAUCAGCGCUCAGACAGCGAAGUUUCUGUUUCUGUAUUCCAAGGCAACAAGGUUUUCAGGAAAAAUGACGUAAAUGAGGAUUUUGAAGCCGAACGACGCUAUGGAGAGCUUGGCACUCUAUUUGAGAAGGGGCACGUCCCUUAAA